AUGAACAAUCCGGGAACCAACCUUGCUGAGACUUACGUCAAGCUACCCGUCGCCGAUCGAUUUGUUGUUUACGAAGACAAACAAGGGAACUACGGUGCUUACAAGGCUUUACCCUAUAUGGGCAAUUAUGCAACCACUCGUUUUGUUCAUAUUGUAUACAAUGUCACUGCGGCUCAGGUAUCUGGUGACGUGAACACGGCCAUUGCCAAACACGCAGAUAAAACUUUCUCUGCAUCUGAUGUUAUUGAUUUGAGUGGUACGUGGGAUUUCGUCUCGGCAAAUGGCUCUAUUAAGGGACAAGGACAGAUCCCAGGCGACAUCUACAUGGAUCUCCAAAGAGCCAAAGUGAUUGAUGAUCCACUUUAUGGACAAGGUGACACUGAUACUCGAUGGGAAAAAGCCAUUCUCGAGUUCGACGGUCUUGAUACAAUCGCUAAAGUUUAUGUGAACGAUAAACUCGUAGCAUCGACGAAAAAUCAAUUCCUUCAAUAUGCAAUUGAUGUGACAAAUUUUGUGAUACAAGGCUCUAAUAUAUUGCGAAUCGAUUUCACCUCAUCUGUGCUUGCUGCUAAAGCUGAAGCUGAUUCUUUUAAAGCUAAUUACUCGCACGUGAUCGCUCCCGAGUGCCCAGGUGAUAUCGCUCAAGGUGAAUGUCAUGCAAAUAUGAUCCGAAAAAUCCAAUCGUCAUUCAGCUGGGAUUGGGGCCCAGCCUUUCCAACAAUUGGCAUUUGGCAGCCUGCUCGUUUGAUUCUCACCAAUGCACCAAAAAUCACCAUGUUGACAGCUACCGUGAACCCAAUUGAUGAUCAAACAUUUCUCUUGAGAGCUGAGGCAACGAUCAGAAACCCCAUCGCUGGCACUCGAUUCAAUCUUUUAGUUGAUCCGCUUGGACUCAUUCGAGCCACUGAUGCAAGCCUUGGCACUGCUGUCAUUGAAGUGAACGUUUCAAAAUUGGCGGUGAAUCUGUGGUGGCCAAAUGGACAUGGCGAUCAAAAUCUGUACACGCUGACUGGCAGUCUGGCUGGGGUUGCCAACUCGAUGACGAAAAUCCGUGUCGGUUUCCGAUCUGUCGAACUCGUUCAAGACUAUGUUAACCCGAAAAUACCGGCACUUGGUCGAAACUUUUACUUCAAAGUCAACGGUGUUCCCAUAUUUCUCAAAGGAACAAACUGGAUCCCGGUUUCUGCGUUCCCUGGACAACCAUCGAAUGAGAGGAGAUAUCGUUUCUUGCUUGAUUCAAUCAAAAGAGUUGGGAUAAACUCGAUGCGAGUCUGGGGUGGUGGCAGAUAUGAGAACGAUUUGCUCUACAGUCUGGCCGACGAAUACGGUAUCCUGAUUUGGCAAGAUCUGAUGUUUGCCUGUUCUCAAUACCCGGCUCAUUCAGAGUUUCUCGAUUCUGUCAAACAGGAGUUAACCUACAAUGUGAAUCGAUUGAAAUUCCAUCCAUCGCUGCUGCUAUGGGCUGGGAAUAACGAGAAUGAGAUGUUUCUGUGGGCUGGUCUGUUCACUGGAGGAUCGAAGGAGACGGUCAAAGCCGAGUACCUUCGUCUCUACAAAGACACCGCCGAGACAUUGGUCACUCAACUCGAUCCGGGACGUCCAUUCGUGAUGUCAAGUCCGAGUGAUGGAAUCAAGAGUAUCGAAGAAGGCGGCAUCUCAAAUGAUCCUUUGUCACAAAACUACGGUGACGUCCAUUUCUACGACGAAUUCAUCGAUUUAUGGAGUGAUGCUAGCUAUUGGACGCCUCGUUGUGCCAGCGAAUACGGAGUGCAGAGUCUUCCGAGCGGGUACACAUUGGCUAAUGCUCUUUCAUCAGAUGAUCUAAAAUACAUGAGCAACGGAAUGCUUCAUCGACAACACCAUCCGGGUGGCACCGACAACAAUCUGGCGAUGAUCUAUGCUCAUUUUUCAAUGCCAAUCGAGUGCAAAAACGUGCCUUACCCUCGUCUCUUGCCUGAGCUGUGCCCCUAUGUGAACACGACGACUUUCGUGAAUCGAUUCGCCUAUCUAUCACAAGCACAUCAAUCAAUUGCACUCAAAGUUCAAACAGAGCACUAUCGAAGAAUGAUGGGUCAAUUGCUGGUGGAUGGACGGGGAAACACAAUGUGUGCUCUUUAUUGGCAACUUAAUGAUAUUUGGGCGGCACCUACUUGGGCUUCUGUUGAUACAAAUUUGAGAUGGAAAAUGGCUCACUACGAAGCGAGGCGUUUCUUUGAGCCGUUACACAUUGCACUAUAUUUCGAGAACAACGCCCUUCAAGCUACUCUGAUCAAUGAUAUGCACGAAACUCAAAAAGAAACUAUCGAGAUCUCGCAGCUCUCCUGGGAUUCGAAUUUCUUGCCUAUCUACACAUGGAAAGACAAUGUGACUGUCGAUGCAUCAACAGCCACCCAAGUGCAACUGCCUGCGAAAUUAACACUACCGAUAGCGUCCAUUGAGAAUUUCGUCUUUGUAGCUCGAUUAAGAGAUGGACAAGGCAAUCAAAUUGGAGCUGAUAACGUCUUGAUUCCAAACAAAAUAUCAAAGGUGAAUCUGGAGCAAAUGGGUGUGAUACGCAUCAACUCAUUCAAAAAGAUCUCCUCGAUUUUAUAUGAGAUUGGACUCGAGGCAUCGGGCAUAUCACCGCUCACCUGGGUGUCAGUUAGCAAGGAUUUUCUUGGAUCAUUCUCCGAUAAUGGAUUCACGAUGAUCACAAAGACUAUUACGGUGACUCUGAAUCUCACUGAAGCUCUUGAACUCGUUCAAACUGAUUUCAGCGUUUGCAAUCUGCGGAAUUGCGGGAUCGAUUCGCAAUUUAAU